AUGAGUCCUCCUAAAAACAAAAGACACUGCAGGCAGAGACAGAGACCGUGGCGUGGGCACGUGGCGGGGGUACUCCUUCCCGGUACAACUCCGAACUUUACCUGCUCGGACCCCAAGGGAACAGCAAAGGGACUGACACCCACUUCGCUUAAGGAGGGCUCCUUCCCUACAGGAAGCCGGAGGCGGGUUAACGCCGAGAGACAGCGAAGUGGACGCCCGUCCGCACUCGCCGACCCCGAAGGUCGCAAUUCCGAGGGUCGGUUCUUUCGGGGCAGGGACCAGAGCGUAGCCACAGCUGGAUGGAGCCCGACGCGUUCCGGUGCUGCGACUGAGCCCAUUCCGGAGACGAAGAGCGCGUCCCUGCAGCCUCCCUGCCCACCCGGAGGACCUGACACCUCUGUCUCCCAGCGCCCCAGCCUCACGUUCUCCCCACUCCUCUCACCAGCCAGGAACCGGCGAGAAGCGAAUGUCCUCCUUGUGCGCGGAAAAGCUGUGUGCGUCCAGCGCUUGAGUGCCGGCAGGGGUCUGGGCGCUACGGCUGCUGCCGCUGCUGCUCCGGCCGCUGGGAGCCCUCUGGCUGCCGCCGCCGCCGCGGUCUCCAGCAGCAAGUUUCCAUAA